AUGAAUUUAAAUUAUAUUGACAAUUAUGGUUAACAAAUAGAUGUCUAAUCUUAACAAUAAAAACCAUCAAGUAUUCAUUAUUCACAUAGAGAAUAUACUUUUGCUCCAUAUAAUUAGAAUUAAGUAGUUAAUAUGAGCACUAAGUAAUUUCAAUAAGAUUCAAAUUUUAUUAACAAAUAUCAUAAUAGUAGCCUACCACCUAAUAAUUAUACUAAAAAGAAAUCACCUAGUUAACCUAAUUCAUAUUUAAAUAAAUUGAAAUAAUAAUAUGCUCCAUUAUAGUCAACUCAAUCAACACAUCAUAGUAAUCAUAAUUAAUCAAAUGAAAGUGAACACUAGAGUUAUGAAUAAUUAAUGAUUUACAAUAAUUUAUUAAAAUUGGAAUUGGAAAAAAAAUUGUUUAAUUGUGGAGUUUUUGUUAUCAAAUAAAAUAAUGGAAAAUGUGUUGAUUUUUAUAUAGAAUUAAAAAGAUAGAAAGAAUAUUAUGAAAAUUAGAUCUAAUAAUUAUAAGGAAUAAUUUAAAAUUAUGAAAAUAAACCUAAUGAAUAUAUUGAUCUUACUGAAUAUCAGAAAUAGAAUCAAGAAUUAAGUAAAUCAAUAGAAUAAGCAAUUUCAAAAUUAACAUUAGCUAAUUAAACAAUCAAUUAAUUAGAAUAAGAAAAGGAAUCUUUAUUAGAUUAUGUUGAUAAAUAGAAAGAUAUUGCUGAACAAUUAAAAUAGUAAAAUGAUUAAAAAGAUUUAAAGUAGAAAGAAAUGAAAAUUAUGAUUUUAUAAUUAUAAAAAUAAAUAGAAUAAUACAACAUUGAAUUAAUGGAUAAAGAGGAUUUUAUUAAAGAAAUUAGUGAGAUAUAAAAUAAGAAUAAAAGUUUAUUAUAAGAUGAAAUAAUGAAAUAUUAAUCAUAAAUUACUAUAUUACAAAGAUAAUUAUAAGAUUAUGAAUAAUAAAAUAAAGAUUUAAGUAGAAAAUUUAAUGAUAGUGCAUCAUAAAUAUAAAUGAUAAUUAGAUAAUCUGAUGAUAAAUAAAGUUAAAUUUAAUUUACAUAGAUGUAAGAUAAUCAUAGUGUUUGUGAGUUUGAUAGUAAUUUAAAAUCAUCAAGAAAUACAAAUAUUAUAUAAAAGUAAUAAUAGGGUUUAGAUUAGAUGAUUCGAAUAAAUAAAUAAACUUUAUAAGAUUUUUAAUAGUAAUUGAUAUUACAUUAAAAAUUAGGAGAGUAUUAAGAGAAAUUGAGUAAUUAAUUAUAAUAGAUUGAAUAAUAGAAUAAAUAAUUAAUUAUAAUCACAUAAUAACAUUAAGAAAUUAUUUAAUAAAAUAAUUGUCUCAUAGAGAAAGAAACACAUCUUAAUAGGGAAAUUUAAGAUUUAAAUUAGAAAAUUGAAAGACUUUAAUAAGAAAGAUAGGAAUAAGUAGAAUAAAUGGAAUUAAUAUAAUAAUAAGUAAUUGAUCAAAAUUAAAUAAAUUAAGAUUUAAAUACUUAAUACUUUAGAUAAAUUGAUGAAUUGUAAAAUCUUAAUCAAAUAUAAUAAAAAUAUAAUACAUUAUAAAUUAAAAUUUAAGCAGAUGUGGAAUAUUAUGAAAAGUAAAUCAUUAUUUUUAUUUUAGUAUAAUUACUGAUUUUAAUAACUAAUUAAUUAAAAUUUAGAAGAAGAUAGAAGAAAUAUUUGUUAAAUUAUAAGUUUUAGAUUUAAGUAAGAUUUAAGUAAAUGAGAUCUCAGCCAAUACUAUAUUAGUAUCUCUUGAUCAUCUAGAAACUUUAGUAAAUAGAAAUCUUGGAUGUAAUAAAAUUUAACUUAAUACUUCAAAUUAAAUUAAUAACACAUAGUUAAAUUUCUCAACCAAUCAAACUCCAACUAAUAUGGUGCAACAUAGUAAAUACUUUUCAAAUGAGUAUUUUGAUAGCAAUCAAAAAAACAGUAUGUUGAGCAACUAAAGCAAUCAGAAUAAACCAUAUUUAGUGAAGAGGAAUUACUAUUUAUGA